GUAACUACUGUCCGGAAGUUACUGACAAUGUAAACAAACAGUCUGGAGUAUGACACUCAAUAUCUUACAACUGCCACCUGAAUUAAUUGCUCAUGUACUGAAAUUUCUAUCAUCGUCAGAUCUCGCUACGGUUGCUCUUGUCAGUAAACAGUGUAGAGAUUUAGUUAGUUUAGAGUCGUUAUGGCAACAUCGAUGCGGGCAAGAUUACAGUUUUGAUGAAGUGGAAGGAUGGGACCUCACAUACAAACAGUUUUAUACAAAGGUGCUGCAUAAGUUUGGUAACUGCAUUGGAAAGUGGCAGCCAGAAGUAGGUCAUUAUGGAGGACUGAUUGAUAUUAAGUUUGACAGGGGAUGUAUCAAAGGCAGAGAAUGUCUCCCCCCUGUGGACCCUCAUGUCGACCAACCACUGAGGAUACGGCCCCUGUUCUCCAUGAGCAUGGCCCUGGACCGGUCCACACUGGAGGUGUUCUGUCUGAAGGGGUUUAAUGGCCCCCACAAGGGCCAACUGCUUUGGCGAGAAGAUGGGAGCCUGCUGGUGUUUCAAUGUUCUGAAAACAACAACCACCAACACCCUGAGGGGAAACAGAAGGAGUUCGAGGAGUGGUUGACGGAGGAGACAGGCCGUCCUCCAAGUGAGUUCUUCGUCCAUGGCCAGGAGUUGCUGCUCAUGAAGUUCCUCGUCACCACACAGCUGGGAUGCUCCUACCCCAUGAUGCGGAUCACGGAGCAGCCAGUGAAGCCAGGGGCUCCGAUACAGCCGGGACUGUUCAAGGGCAACUACGGUGGUCAUGGCAACGAGAUUAUACAGCUGUCCUACAGUGAUACAGAGAAGAAGGCGGAAGGAAGGAAGAUAACGGGCGACCCAAAUGUGCCGGCCAACAAGAUGAGUUUGCAAAUAGAUCUGGAUCACCCAAUGAUCCUCACCAUGGAUCAGCAGAGAACUGUAGAGCUGAUGGAGGAGAUUGACAUCCCCGAACUGCCUCCUGAUGUCAACCUGCAGCAACUGCCCCCACAACCCUUCCACGUCCCCGACGACUGCUACGAGAGAUUCAGACACCCCCCAACUGUGUGUAGAGCAAGAUUUCAUGGGAAAGGUCAGAUUGCUGGGCACGGCUUCACGAACCCCUCCAUGUCGUCAGGGCACUUCAUAAUAUUUGAUGACCAUAAUUUUGGAUUUUUGUGGUUGGAGUUAAAGUCCUUUAGUAUGUACUCCCGAGUGCUAGAGUUCCCCUGUCUAUGAUAGCAGCAACACGGCAGAUCACUGGCGCCAUGGGUAUCUCCAGGGAUCGUCAUUAUAGACAAGUCUAUCUCUUUGGCGUAUAAAAUUCUUCGUGUCCCAGUUUCAUAGAUCGAUGCUUGUGUUGUCAAACACUCGAUUGUCUGGUCCAGACUAAUAUUUACAGACCACUGUCAUACAGUUGGAAUAUUGCUGAUUGUGGUGUUAAAUAACAAAGAGAGAAAAAACUAGUGACAUUGUUCCCAACAAGGCAUUAUUGCAGUGUGUUCUCACAGAUGUGACAACCCCAUACAGAGUGCAAUUAAAAAUAAGUGGAAUAAUUGGCUUUGAAAAAUAGUAACUGUUUCAUUGGCAUUCUAAAAGUUGGUGAUUUAGUAAGAAAAUGUACAACUUCAUGGAUAACAACUUCUAGUUUAUUGCAUAUAGCGACGUUACGUUGUAGAAUCUUACAUCAUCACUCCAGCUUGAUAACGGUGUAAAAAAUUGCUAUAUUCAAUUAACAGAAAUUGUAUUCCAUAAAUUUGUAAACUGCAAAAUAGUAAUUUAAGAAUUAAUUGCCAAAAAAAAAUAUAAUGAUCACCAGCAGCAUCAGCGGUAGAAACUAACAGUUUUAGUCCACUAGUCCUUAUAAUGAUAACAUAUAGCAAACCCCUUAAAAAGGGCAAAUUUGUACUAGUCCUUAUGAUACCUUAACUGCUGGGCAUUUUGGCCAGGACUACAGGACUUGUGCCAAUUACUAAUGCUGAGCAUGAUAGCCAAUAUAGUUUUGAUAAGCAAUAUGCUCGCUUUUGUAUUGUAUUUUAUCACCCUAAUUCCUAAAAAACUGUCCUUUUUCCCCGAAGUGAUUAUCAAUUGAUGACUUAUAGGUUGUUACUGUGAUGAUACUUGCAGAAAGUAUGUAGCUAAUCUAAACUACUGGAGAUAUUUUUGUAACAAAAUUUGUAAAAUAUUUUACUUAAUCGUGUAGCAAUUAUGUGGAAAAAUGGUUUGAAAUACUGUGAUGAAUCUACCGCCACAAGGAGCACAGAUCUGAAUAUUUGUCCUAUAUGGUUGAAUAUUGCAUAAUGUACUUAUAUUUUUGCAACCAAUUACCAAGUAUAACUAUCAUAUACACCAUUUGUAUUUAGAAAUAUCAACUCAACUUUUGAUGGGUAGGGAGUAUCUGGGUAGGGUCUGAUUGCUUGGAUAUGUUGUUGUACAAAUAGUAUUCGAUAUUGCCAUGGAACUGAAGGAUGUGACGCUUCAUCUCAAGUUGAUAUAACGUAAAUAGAACUGAAGGAUGUGACGCUUCAUCUCAAGUUGAUAGAACGUAAAUAGAACUGAAGGAUGUGACGCUUCAUCUCAAGUUGAUAGAACGUAAAUAGAACUGAAAGAUGUGACGCUUCAUCUCAAGUUGAUAGAACGUAAAUAGAACUGAAGGAUGUGACGCUUCAUCUCAAGUUGAUAGAACGUAAAUAGAACUGAAGGAUGUGACGCUUCAUCUCAAGUUGAUAGAACGUAAAUAGAACUGAAGGAUGUGACGCUUCAUCUCAAGUUGAUAGAACGUAAAUAGAACUGAAAGAUGUGACGCUUCAUCUCAAGUUGAUAGAACGUAAAUAGAACUGAAGGAUGUGACGCUUCAUCUCAAGUUGAUAGAACGUAAAUAGAACUGAAGGAUGUGACGCUUCAUCUCAAGUUGAUAGAACGUAAAUAGAACUGAAGGAUGUGACGCUUCAUCUCAAGUUGAUAGAACGUAAAUAGAACUGAAGGAUGUGACGCUUCAUCUCAAGUUGAUAUAACGUAAAUAGAACUGAAGGAUGUGACGCUUCAUCUCAAGUUGAUAUAACGUAAAUAGAACUGAAGGUUGUGACGCUUCAUCUCAAGUUGAUAUAACGUAAAUAGAACUGAAGGAUGUGACGCUUCAUCUCAAGUUGAUAGAACGUAAAUAGAACUGAAGGAUGUGACGCUUCAUCUCAAGUUGAUAUAACGUAAAUAGAACUGAAGGAUGUGACGCUUCAUCUCAAGUUGAUAUAACGUAAAUAGAACUGAAGGCUGUGACGCUUCAUCUCAAGUUGAUAUAACGUAAAUAGAACUGAAGGAUGUGACGCUUCAUCUCAAGUUGAUAGAACGUAAAUAGAACUGAAGGCUGUGACGCUUCAUCUCAAGUUGAUAUAACGUAAAUAGAACUGAAGGAUGUGACGCUUCAUCUCAAGUUGAUAUAACGUAAAUAGAACUGAAGGAUGUGACGCUUCAUCUCAAGUUGAUAUAACGUAAAUAGAACUGAAGGAUGUGACGCUUCAUCUCAAGUUGAUAGAACGUAAAUAGAACUGAAGGAUGUGACGCUUCAUCUCAAGUUGAUAGAACGUAAAUAGAACUGAAGGAUGUGACGCUUCAUCUCAAGUUGAUAGAACGUAAAUAGACCUGAAGGAUGUGACGCUUCAUCUCAAGUUGAUAUAAGGUAAAUAGACCUGAAGGCUGUGACGCUUCAUCUCAAGUUGAUAUAACGUAAAUAGAACUGAAGGAUGUGACGCGUCAUCUCAAGUUGAUAGAACGUAAAUAGAACUGAAGGAUGUGACGCUUCAUCUCAAGUUGAUAUAACGUAAAUAGAACUGAAGGAUGUGACGCUUCAUCUCAAGUUGAUAGAACGUAAAUAGAACUGAAGGAUGUGACGCUUCAUCUCAAGUUGAUAUAACGUAAAUAGAACUGAAGGAUGUGACGCUUCAUCUCAAGUUGAUAUAAGGUAAAUAGACGGUUAAAAAAAAGUCUGAAAGGCAUUUAAAAGUGAUACACAUAAGGAAGAGAAUUUAUGGAUGCCAACUUCUUUAUUAUGGGGAACACAAUGUUUCGGAGAAGAUGCUUACUCCUUCACCUGAUGAAGUAUAUACUCUGAAACAUUGUGAUCCUCAUAAUAAAGAAGUUGACAUCCAUAAAUUCUCUUCCUUAUGGUUCAAACAGUUUAUUGCGGUUAUCGUGUAACGUCCCAGCAUGCAGUGUUCCUGUGACAUCGUGUAACGUCCCAGCAUGCAGCGUUCCUGUGACAUGUUGAGUGGCAUAUAGCCACCAGUAGUCAAGAGAUAACGUACACUUUACAAGUAUGUGUGUGAGUGUUUAUGAAGCUGUGAGUCCUGCAUCGGCUGCAGCUGGAAUAUACAGAGGUACUGUACCUCACCUGGACAUUGUCCAAACAUUCAAAACUUGGAGAGUUCAGAUAUAGCACUAUAUACCCCGGUGUGCCGAGACCUACAGUUGUAGGAGGGAAAAGGGUGUCCAGGUUAAUACUUGUUUGAAAAUGUUGUUGUCAUAACACAAUUGGAUUUAUACCAAUACUCUGUCAUAAAAAUCAGAUCUGUGACAAGAUACUCGUAUUUUAUACCAAUAUUCUGUCAUAAAAAUCAGAUCUGUGACAAGAUACUAGUGAAAGAGAUUUUAUACCAAUGGACUGUCAUUAUGAUCAGAUAUGUGACAAGGUUGUGAAAACUGAUUGUGUCGGGGAUCAUCUUCCCAAGGGAAGGGAGUUAACUGACUGUAAAAGUCCAUUUUCUACCCUUGCUGAACAAGUCUGGAAUUUCUGGGCUUGAUUGUAGAACCACCUGCAUCUAUUACGAGUUAUGUCCUUCGAUGUCCCUUCUAUUGACCAAUCAGAAUCCACCUCUCAUAUCACUUACAUUUGCUUCAAACAUAAAGGCGGCGCCUAGUGAAGACGAUCUGAUCGAUUAUCAAGAUCUGUAUUGUAACAAAACGGGCCUUACUUUGCGAAGUGCAUCAAACCACGUGAGCAUCUUGAUCAAAACAUCUGGGAAAUUUCUGUUGACAGUAUGUUGAUGGUUCACUUGUUUUUCAACUUCUGGAGUUGACCGAAAUCUGCACGGCAGUUGACCGAAAUCUGCACGGCAGUUGACCGAAAUCUGCACUGCAGUUGAUGAACCGGAUGUGGAUUUUGUUACACAAUUUUGAUUGGACUAUUGGAAGAUGGUUGUGAUUGUGAUAGAUAGCGAUCAUGUGAUGUUAUUGUUUAUUUGUGAACAAAUAUAUACUGAAUGAAAUUAAUAAGGGGACAGAUACAGAAAAUUCUUGUAUGCCAUGAAAUCUUGAGGACUGGACUGUCGUAUUCAGUGGAUAUGAGGUGCCACUAUUACCAAGACAAUUAACAUUGUUCCCUCAUUGUUUUCCAUAAGUAUAUGUUGAUUUCUGCGCUCCAGAUCCUGUGAUGUGUACUGUUGAGAUGGCACUGCCCCACCAGCAUGUGAUAGCCAUACACAAAUAAAGCUAUUUAUACAUU